AUGGAUUCCCCAGCGGAUUUCCCCCCGUUCCAAGAACGGUUGACAUCUACCCUUGUGCAGAUGACGCGCACUGUCGGACAGCUCUCUGCUGAAGAUCUCAACUUUCACCGAUCGUCGAGUGCAGACGUUACCGACUCCCUUGAUGAGCAGAGUGGAAGGCUGCUAUCCUUGACCUCCUCGAUUCUCAAAGCUGCAACGGCCGGAACAGAUUUGUCAGCUCCGGCUCUGCAUGAUGAAGACUCCGUCGAAGACAAUUGGCGCGGGGUGGUGGAUGUGAUUGAUGCGCUUUUGGAAAGGGCAGAUGCGUGUCUGGACGAGUUUACCGGUGUGAUCAAGAAAUUGAGUCCGUCCCAGGAGCAGAAUGCGAAGCCUGCGAAAAAGGCACCCGCCUCGAAAUUCCCCUCCAUUUACGACUAUGGCCCGUCCAAGAUUCCCAAGCCCCAGCUGCAAUUCGAACGUCUUGUCGAUAAUGCCAAUGUUUCGUCAUUUCAGCCUUUGCUUAGAACUAAGCCACAUGCGAUUGUUCCACUGGAGGAUGCAGUGAAACCAGCCGACCAAGCGCACGGUUCUAGAAACCCUUACGAGACUGAAAUUCGCGCCGCCAAGUACCCCCAAUCUACUUACACUGCUUCUCCCCCGAUUGACUACCAUCCGUUUGAAUCGACGACUGCGACAUUUGUGGAUACUUUGGAAGGACUGAAGGAGAUGCUGGGUGAACUCAAGUCUGCGAACGAAAUCGCCAUUGAUUUGGAACACCACGAUGUGCAUUCGUACCAUGGUCUUGUGUCUUUGAUGCAGAUCAGCACUCGUGACAAGGAUUGGGUUGUGGACACACUUAAGCCAUGGAGAGAAGAGCUUCAGAUGCUCAAUGAGGUCUUUACUGAUCCGAAGAUCCUUAAGGUCUUGCACGGAUCGUCUAUGGAUAUCAUUUGGUUGCAGCGCGAUCUGGGUCUGUACGUUGUGGGAAUGUUCGACACUUACCACGCGGCGUGCGCUUUGAACUACCCGAAACGCAGUUUGAAAUUCCUUCUUCAAAAGUUCGUCAAUUUCGAAGCCGAUAAGCGAUACCAGAUGGCCGACUGGCGAGUUCGACCCCUCCCGUCUGGCAUGUUCGACUACGCUCGCUCGGAUACCCACUACCUCCUCUAUGUUUUCGACCACUUGCGCAAUGAGCUCGUUGAGAACUCCCUUCCCGAUCAUAAUCUCGUCGAUUACGUUCUCGAGCAAUCAAAAAACGAAGCUUUGCAGCGUUACGAACGGCCCGUCUAUGAUGCCGCCACCGGACAAGGAGCCGGUGGCUGGUAUGACUAUCUCUGUCGCAACCCGGCAGCUUUCAGCAAGGAGCAAUUUGCUGUCUUUAGGGCGGUUCAUCAAUGGCGCGACGAGGUUGCGCGAGCUGAAGAUGAGGGUGUGCAGUGUGUUUUCCCGAAGCAUAUCCUGUUUAAGCUUGCCCAUACCAUGCCGCUUGAUCAGGGAACCCUGUUCCGGACACUGUCGCCCGUGACACCGAUCACCAAGGACAGAGCAUCGGACCUUUUGGAAGUCAUUAAGAAUGCGAAGAUCGAGGGCGCCACAGGACCAGAAUGGCGGGACUUUGCCAGGCCAUCCAAGACAACCCAGGCGGCACCCGAGCAAGAGCCGUUGACUCCUCCAGUCCAGGAAGAUGAUCUCCCUACUACUUCCCGCUUUGAGAUUUCUCAAUUCUGGGGUGAUGUUCUUGGCCCUCAGGAGGCACUGACUCCUCCCGAGUACUCGAUCGUUGCAUCGGCCGAAGCUCUUCGACUUUCCCUUCCCUUGCCGCCCAUGCCCAAGACAGUAUCAGAGGCGCGCGAAAAACUCGGUGCCUCUGCCCCCGCUAAGCCUCCGUCUCCAAAGCCUGCCGCCGCUGCCCCAGCACCCGAAGAAAAGAAGAUAUUCACUGUGAAGGAGAUGGGUGGUCCUCGUAAACGAAAGGCCCUUCCGACUGAGGCUGCCAAGGCACCGUCUCCCGAAGCCGACGAUCUCAGCAACGACAUUGUUGCGAUUGAAGAUACAGAGAAGCCUUCCAAGAAGCAACGCCAGAAAAACAAGAAGAACAAGGCGUUGCAGGCUGAGAAGGAGAGUCAAGAGGCAGCGCCUUUCGAUUACGAUGCAGCAGAUUCCGUGCUUCACGCCAAGCCGGCGCAGGAUACCAGAACCAACCCAUCGAAACGACCAUUCAACCCGUAUGCAAAGGCACUCGAGGCACCGUCCGGUGUGCGCAAGCAGAAGAAAGAGAUGCCCGGAAAGACAUUUACAUUCAGGUAG